AUUGUCUCUUCUUUUUCUCUCUUUCUCAAGAGAAAAACGGAUACAGAAGGUAGGAUCAAGGAGUACUGGAGAAAAUUUGAUCUGUCAAAGGCUCUUUUUUUUUAAGGAGAGACCCAACCAUGUACGUAGUUUCGUCGGUGGCUGCUUAUAUCUCUACGAUAUGCAUCGUUUGCCUUCUUCUGUUUCCUGUUCUUUCUACCACCCCUCUUAUACUGCUCAUACCUUUUUCUUUAAGCCAACUGAAUGAUGACAAGACUAUGGUCUUCGGCUGCUAUCAGCAAUUUGGAGAAUAGCAAACGGAAACAUUCAUCGAUUUUGUUACCACCUGUGGCGGGCCAUUCAACUCCCGCUCUUCCACGCAUAGUAUCCUCUGAAACGGAUCUGCUACAUUGUCCGGAAGACAUUCCGUCCUGGAACGAUUCACCCUACAGUACUACUCAUCUAAAAUCACUCAAUGGGCGACGCGCUUCUUGUUCACCGCAAAUUUCAUCUGCACUCAUCAAAAAUGGUCGCAAAAAAGUGACAUCAAUGAUUCUUCCUCGAUCACCAACCACUUCCAGCAUCACGACUUGUGACUCCAAUCCUUCCAUUAAACAGUUUCCAUCCGCCCGUAGACCCCGCCAAUAUGCUUCGAUAACUCAGUGGUUUUUAUCCGGAUCCGAGACCGAACAGCAAAAGAAGCAUAAAAAGCUCAAAGAUUCCAUCAAAGUUAUACGACCGAUCGCCAUGCCUUGUGCUACCAACGUUGUGCCAACGUCGAUUCGAUCCUCCAGCAUUGUUUCGAAUCCUCUGGAAGAGAAUGAGAUCAAAAGAGAACGUGUGAUUCAGGAACUAUUUCUCACCGAAAAAUCGUACCAAAAGGAUGUGGCGCUCAUCAAAGAAAUUUACUAUGAUCAGAUCCGGACCCUGCCAUCGACUUUUUUUACAAUCGCUGAUAUCAAACUUGUAUUUUCCAACUUGUUAGCUAUUCUGGAUUUCGAAAAGGAUUUCAUCGAACGCUUGACAGAAGCUUUGGAAAAUAAACGAUCCAUUGCUCGAGUUUUCAUGCUACUGAUGGCCCGUAUGGACGAAAUUUACUCUGAGUACUGUAAACGACACGAUGACGUUGUUGCAAAAUUGCAGGAACUCCAAAAUAAACCUCACGUAGCCCAAUUUCUGGAUGCAUGCAAAGCUCAAAUGAAAGGACGCACAAUGAGCUGGGAUUUAGCUAGCUUACUCAUCAAACCUGUUCAGCGUGUUCUGAAAUAUCCUCUUCUUCUAAAGGAAAUAUUAUCCUUGACUCCAUCCAGCCAUGCUGAAUAUGCUGAUCUAGUGGCUGCUACUAAAGGGAUUCAGCAUGUUGCUGAUCGCAUCAACGAAAUGAAGCGCCGCAGAGAUAUCGUGGGCAAAAUCGUGCAUGAGAAGAGAAAAAUGGAACUGAUUGAUGUACACAGCAUCAACAAAUCUCUUACCCGUCGUGCACAACGAUUAAAGCAAACCUCUGGGUUAGCUGGCCUUGCAACGCAUGAUCCCGUUUUCGAUAGAUUAUAUCGCCAAUUUGAGAGACAAAGAGAUGCGGGACGGCAGUUAAUACACGACAUUGAAGAAUGGGUGCGACAGACAAAACAGCAUGACACUCAUUUAUGCUUCUUGGCCAUGCGGUUGGAAAAUCUUUACGAUGGCAAUCCACGGUCCAAGAAUUCGUUGAAAGACAGUUUACGAGCUUACGUUAGAUUGACUGAUAACUUUGCUCAAACCACAUCCCAUUUCCUGGGACAUCGAUUGCAUAGCUUUAUCCGGCAGUUGGAAACAUUUCUUCGCGAGUUUGACAGCCCGGCCCAAGUGAUACAAAGGAGAAUGAUUAAGCUACUUGAUUAUGAUCGUGUGCGUAGCAUGAAAUCUAAAGGCACUUCGCCUGACAAGUAUUUACAAGCUUCUGCUGACGCUUAUCCAUCCAUUAACGCACAACUGCUGGAUGAACUUCCCAUAUUCCUCAAGCUUACAUCGCGGUACUUUGAUCUGUUAAUUGCCGACCUUGCCAAUAUUCAAACCCAAUACUACGAUUAUCGUGCUCAAGAGUGGCACCAUUUCGCGCAAUUGUAUCUCCAAGGAGCAUUAUCCAGCAAUAUUGUUGGGGGAUACCAGGAAGCAAUGAUGCAUGUACCCAGUUUGAAAAGUUUUCGAUUUUUUCAACCGGCACGCCCACGUUCUCUACCCGAAAAAACACAGCCAUUUCAAAUAAGCGCCUAUCAUCCUAGCAGGUCGUCUGCCGAUGAUUCAUAUUUUCGACGUACAUAUAAUUCGUGGAAUUAUGAAAAAACACCCAUUCCGUCAAACCACUACACACAACAACGACUGGGAGAUUAUCCUCGCUCUAAUAUUAGUCUGAAUCGAUAUGCACCGAUUCACGAAGAUGAACAGCGCUUGGUAUCUUCGUCAUCCCUUUUCGAUGGCUGCGAACCAAUUUUCGAAUGCUUGGUAAUAACACAAUACCAAGCGAUCAAUCCAGAAUACCUUACGAUACAGCAAGGUGAUAUCCUACAAGUGUGGCUAGCUGAUAACGAUCACAGUAAUACACGAGAAACGUGGUGGUAUGCUAGUCUUGAAAAGCGACUGGAGACAAAAUAUGGCUGGAUCCCAGCCUGGCAUUGCCAUAAACUCUAAAUGCGAAAUAAAUGUACUAAACCUUGUUAAACACCGUGAAGAUA